AUGAGAUAUGAGUGCAAUAGGUUUGUGGACAUAAAUCAAUUGGACAAACAGGAGCUGUCGUGUGGCAUAUGUCUCAACAUAUUCCGUGAACCGAUGACAUUCUGUAGGGAUUGUAUUACCGAUUGGCUCAACACUGGCCAAAACAUAUGUCUGUGCGAUAGAACAGUGCUCAUGGAAAAUGAUCUACUAGAGCCACCUAGGGGAUCUCUGAGUGGGCAUAAUUGGGCAUUGGCGGGCAUUGCUAUAAUAGUGUUUGAAAACAUGUUGGGCCGGCUUAACAUACGGUGCGAUUACGCGGACAACGGGUGCCCAGAAGUGAUGUCGUUGAAUGGGUUGGCACAACACGCGGACCGCUGUCCGUACGACACGUUUAAAUGCAAACAUUGUUUUUGCAAACAAAAGUCGGGUCACGACUGCAUUCAGGCAUUGCUUGCAUUGAAUAGAAAUGCUAAACAAGAGAUCGCGAGAUUGAAACAACAAUUGAAUACUAUUGUGACGGCCAGUAGUGUUGCACCCGUCACAGUGCAAACUCUUAAUACUAAUACAGUCAGUUUUUAUGACAUAUUAAUGGACUCCCGGAGUAUGGGUUUAGUGGUUGAAGUGAUUGGCGUAGAUAUUGAGGACAAGAGGCACCAAAAAUUGUGGCCGUAG